AAAGAUUGUUAGAAAGUUGCAAUUGGCAAAUUUUGUUGUCAUACUAAAAUUUUGUUGUCAUACUAAAAGAAAAAAUGCCAUACUAUGUCCGUCCUUGCCUCCCUCCACCGGAGAACAUAAAAUUUUCUGGUUGUGUAAUAUUCGGACUCGAUACCGAGAAGACCAAUGAAAUCUUCAACAAAAUUUUCAUGGAAAACUACUCGGAGCAAGCGUUGAAAGAAUUCAAGUCGAAUCCAAGGCUACGAGUGAAUGUGAUGAAAACCAUCAUCGCAUCUUUCAAUUGUCAAAUCCAUCAUGAGAUCAUUAAGGAGAAAAUAGGUUUCGCGAUAUGGAUGAUCGGUGAAUAUUCAUUAUCGUUUUCAGAUAUCGAAAAUGGAUUAUCUGUUAUCAAACGAAGCAUUGGAGAACUGCCUCUCCCUAAUUCUUCUAAGGAUGACCACGAUGUUCAAACAUGUCAUUGGUUUGAAGAGUGUCGUCGAAGGCUACUCAUCGAUGGAGAUGCGAAACUCCGAACUCAAAUAGCUAUCGCACUAACCAAACUAAUCGAUAAACAAAAAGUCUUUAUUCAUGAUAUUUCUGCAGGAAAACUCAGACAAGAACGAGCAGAAGCUGUUAGGUUAAUAGCAUCGUUGCAGUUGCUGCCUAAACCCAUUAAUUUGGGACGUGCGACUAUUGCUUUUUACAGCGGAGAAAUCAGGAGAUGCAUGAGAUCUAUAUGCCAUCAAGAUAUAGAGCUUAAGCAGUUAUGCGUAAAUGCGAGUGGUGAGAAUUUGGUUAGCUUGCUUUCCAAGAAACUGCAAGAACAAAGAGAUACGUGUGACCAAGCGUUGUAUCAGUUGGAAGCAAUCUUUUUCGGGUCCAAGAACGAUGGUUGUGCAUAAGGAGGCAGGCAAUAUAUGAAUGUGAUUUUGUAAGUCCAUACUAGGGGCGCCAAUCGCGCCAAUGUGUUAUUUAAAAUUGUCUAUCUUAUGUGUUAUGCAACAUUUGGUUUGAAGCUUGCGAUAUUAAUUAUUCGAUUUCAUUUUCUUUAUGGUCACAUAAGCGAUUAAUAUUUUAUAUAUGUUAUUUACGCA